CAAAACUUGACCAAGGCCAACCCGGAAUGUUUUGGUGACAUGUCUGGUUACUUUAUCAAAGAUCCAACCGUUAAUUAACGUGUCUGCGAUACGUAAGCCGUUACCGGGAGGUCAGGGAGCGACCGAGAGAGUGACACCCACACCUCAAAACGAAGCGAUACUCUUUACCGGACGCGAUUAAAAGCAAAGACGGAAGCAACCGACGGGGAACGCUCUCGUUUUCUUCAGCCGUUGGACUUUCCGUCGCGAGCUCAGCAGAAUAGCCAGCCUGCUCUCACGAGGGGAGUCUAGUCAGCGCGCGGCGGUGUGGUGGAAGAUGGCGCUAGCCGAAUGGAAAUCCUAAUGACAGUCUCCAAAUUUGCCUCUUUUUGUACCAUGGGCGCCAAUGCCUCUGCACUGGAGAAAGAGAUUGGAUCUGAGCAGUUUCCGGUCAAUGAGCACUACUUUGGCCUGGUCAAUUUUGGGAACACCUGCUACUGCAACUCGGUGCUGCAGGCUCUGUACUUCUGCCGACCGUUUCGGGAGAAGAUCUUGGCGUACCGCAGUCAGCCUCGGCGGAAGGAGAACCUGCUCACCUGCCUGGCCGACCUGUUUCACAGUAUUGCCAACCAGAAGAGGAAAGUGGGCGUCAUACCGCCCAAGAAGUUCAUCACACGGCUACGCAAGGAGAAUGAGCUGUUUGACAACUACAUGCAGCAGGAUGCCCACGAGUUCCUGAACUACCUGCUCAACACCAUCGCAGAUUUGCUUCAGGAGGAGAGGAAGCAGGACAAAACCAACGGCCGGCUUGCUAACGGCACACUGGACUCUCAGAACAACAACAGCAAUGCCACGCCCGCUCCCACCUGGGUCCAUGAGAUCUUCCAAGGCACUCUGACCAAUGAGACACGCUGCCUCACCUGUGAAACGAUAAGCAGCAAAGAUGAGGACUUUCUGGACCUUUCUGUGGAUGUAGAACAGAAUACCUCCAUCACACACUGCCUCAGAGGUUUCAGUAACACAGAGACACUGUGCAGUGAGUACAAAUACUACUGUGAAGAAUGUAGAAGCAAGCAGGAGGCACACAAGAGGAUGCGUGUAAAGAAGCUGCCAAUGAUCUUGGCUUUGCAUCUGAAGCGCUUUAAGUACAUGGAGCAGCUGCAGCGCUACACCAAGCUCUCCUACCGCGUCGUCUUCCCCCUGGAGCUCCGCCUCUUCAACACCUCCGGGGACGCCACCAAUCCCGAGAGGCUCUACGACCUGGUCGCCGUGGUGGUGCAUUGUGGGAGUGGUCCAAACAGGGGUCACUACAUUGCCAUUGUGAAAAGCCACGACUUCUGGUUGCUGUUUGAUGAUGACAUUGUGGAGAAAAUCGAUGCACAGGCCAUAGAAGAAUUCUACGGUCUCACUUCUGAAAUCUCCAAGAACUCUGAGUCGGGCUACAUCCUCUUUUACCAGUCCAGAGACUAAAUGUGGAGCAGAGAGUUUACCCGCAGAAACCGGGAGAAAAUGCCCUGUUCCCUCUUUGUGGGGAGCAGCGGACUAUAAACACACCACAGCAGCCCGUAUGGGUGUCGUACCUGCCGGCACAGCUGUAAUUCAUACUCGUGCUUUUACGCACUCAGCGCUGCAGCUCAGUUGUGGAAGUCCCCCCCCCCCCCCACCCACCUUCCUCUUCUACGUCCCAGCUGUCCCUCCUGCCCUCCCCCUUAUCCCCUUCACUCUGGCUGGACGUUGCUGCUGCUGCUGCUGCUGGCUGGGACAAUGAGACGAUAAUGAAUGAAAACUGUGUCAAGAUUGUUUUUAAAAAAAAAAAAAAAAAGACGUUGAAUGAGGGUUGUACAGAUGUUGGUUGGUUGUAUGAGUGGCGUAUUAGUUUUUGCCUUGGGUGUGGGGUUGAAUGGGUAUUUAAUAAUUCAUAUGAUGUAAUAUUGGCCUGGUGUCUUCACCCCCCCACAUUGAUAUUCUGCAGUGGGAUUUACUGAGAGUGGAUCAUGUUUUUGAUCGUGGUUGUAAAGGAGGAUGGGUGCGGGGUGAGUGUCCCACUUAUGGGGUACAUUGGGUUGUAUAUUUCUACAGUGUACAGGAUGGUAUUUGUAUAAAUAUAACAAGAAGAUAAUAUUAUCAUUGGAAAAUGUUAGACCCUGAGAAGAUGUAUUAACACUAUGGUGCACUUUUGAUACCGUUUUGUAGGUGUUGGCAAGUUUAAUGUGAGGGUUUGCUUAAAAAGGCCUGUUGUGAAGCAAUUAUUUUCUGUUUUAAAGAAAAAGAAAUAAAGCCAGUAAGAUUGA